AUGGCACCUGCACCCAAGAACACGUCGACGACACGCCAACUCGUCAUCAAGACCGGCGUCGUCAACAGGUAAGCUAGCCUCGAGCUUGGCACCACCUCCCUCCCAUCUGCACACGCAGCUAACGCUCAGAGCCACGUCCCUUCACGUCGCGUCGCGUCAUUUGUCAACCCGCGCCAUCGAUAUCGACUGCGUGGGCUUAUUACGAAUACCUAAAGGGUCGUCAAAGAACUUCAAUCGUACAAGGACGAGGCCGUGACAACGGCAUCAAGGGUCGAGAAGAUGGAGCAGAACAACGAAGACGAGGCCGAGAUCAGGCAGCAGGUCAGCCGAAACCCUUGUCACCCAGCAGGAGGUGGACCCAACGAGGAUCUAAUCCUGUACUCCGGUCGUGAUUGACUACAGAAACGAGUUCAUGCCGAGUCUUUGGCGAUGAUCCCGGAUUCGGAACAACGGUUAGCCAAGGCCGUCGCCGAGUUGGAGGAUCUGAUCGUCAGUCUUUCAACUUGGCUAUCCGUCACACACGGUUUUCGUCUCUGAUUGUUUUAUUUACUUCGUUCAUAGGAAGCCUCAGAAGAAGAGACACCCGGGGCAGAGGAAUUGGAAAAGGCCAAGCAAGCCGUCGCAGCGAGUGGGGUGGCCACGUCGGCAGCAUGA